ACUGGAACACGGCCGGCCGCCGUGACCAGGACAGCUGAUCCAUGCAUCUUCCCUGGACACCGAGUUUCUCAGAGCUCUCCUGAGAUGUCGCCACCACGAGCGCUGCUGCUGUGCCUACACUGGAUCCUGCGGGAGGCGAGCUGUCUGUCACAGGCGGCGGGCCCCAGGUUACUGCCAAGGACAAACACGGUGCUGGGAGUGAACAGCUCGUGCGACGCGGACACCCUGUGGGCGCGCGUGAGGCUGCAGCAGGGCUUCUCCGGGCUGCUGUACGCCCGCGGCUUCCCUCUGGCGUGCCGCGCGCUGGGCACCGGGGACCUGUGGGCCGGCCUGGCACUGCCCGGCGCCGGCUGCGGCGUCAAGGUGCUCACCGCCGAGGACGGCAGCACGGCCUACUCGGUGGUGCUGAAGGUGCAGCUGGACAGGCGACUGCAGCAGGCGACCGACCAGGAGGUGACCGUCACGUGCCAGCUGCCCGAGACCCGUGCCACGCCCGGCUUGCGCCCGGCCGCCAGGACUGGCCGGAAGCAGGUGUCGUGGGCUGAGGAUGAGCGCAGUCCCAAGGUGGUCGACGGGGCUCCCAAGGCUUGGCUGGACAUAUCGGGCAGCCGUGGCCACAGCUACGUGUCUGUCGGCGAGCAGACUCGCCUGCGCAUCAGCGCCCUGCUGCCAGCCGGCAGCGGACUGCGUGUGGUGGACUGCGCGGCGCACGACGGGGCCGGGGAAGGCUCGCAGAGACUGCUGGACGACGAGGGCUGUCCCCUGGAUGAGACCCUCCUGCCCGCACUGUCCGUCUCCUCGGCUCCCUCCCGGCGGCUGUACCUCGCGCAGGCGGUCUUCCCCGCCUUCAAGUUCCCCGACCGCGACAGUCUGCACCUGCGCUGCACGCUGCACGUCUGCAGGGGAGCCUGUCCUCAGGCGCAGUGUGACGAGGGGACAGACCCAGGCACAGCAAAGCUGCAGGUACACUCCGGCGAGGAGGGGGAGGUGCUGCAGAGGCUGGAUGUGUUCAACAGCGUGCAGGUGCUGGCGCCAGGCAUCGAGACCUACGACACGAGCAGCCUCGACUCCGAACAAGAAUCAGAGCCGCUGCCGCACCGGGACGCAGACAGGUCGGUGUGCCUGUCGCCGCCCAAGAUGGUGCUGGUGCUGAGCCUGCUGGUGCUGGUGUUCCUGGGCGGGGUGGCCAUGGUGCUGUGGACCCUGCUGCUUGGCCGCCGCCCGCCCGGGCGCCGCUGGUUCCACCACCAGGACUCGCUGCUGGUGCUCGACUCGCCGCAGCUCUCGCACCGCCCGCACUGGCGCGUGCUGCGCUGAAUCGCGUGGCCUUUGCGUGUCGCCGUGCGGCCAGAACGGCAGCCUCCACUUCUCGCAAGCCGACCUAUCGAACACUGUCCGCACUGGCGCGUGCUGCGCUGACCCGCGUGGCCUCUGCGUCUCGCUGUGCGGCCAGAACUGCAGCCUCCGUCUCUCGCAAGUCGACUAAUCGAACACUGCCCGCACUGGUGCGUGCUGCGGUGACCCGCAUGGCCUCUGCGUCUCGCUGUGCGGCCAGAACUGCAGACUCCCUGUUUGCAAGUCGAUUGGCAGGAAAUGUUAUUCUUGUAUGAGGGGGAGGGAUAUAAGAUUCGAACGAUUAGCGCUUGUCUCUUAGAUACACAAUGUCGAUUUCAAUUUAUUACGAGCUGAAGAAAAAUAUCACACGAAAUUUCAGUAGUGUACCUUACGUUAUUAUUAUUUAUUGUUAAGGAUUUUCAAGGACUAAAUGUAGAUUCUUGAUUCCUAUUGUUUCCCACCUGAUUUACACUAUAGUGAAGUGUUUACAUAUCCUGGGACACCAAUGUGUCCUAGGUAUUUUAGUACUUGAAGAGUGCUUUUGUUUGGAACUGUGUUUACAUGUUUUAAUGAAUUUUCAGAAAUUAAAAUAAUCAAUAUUCCCUAAUAGUGGGUUUAUAUAGCUAUAUAUUUUCACCACCCGAGCUUCCAAAUAUUAAUGUAAAGAAGUGUAAUUUUUAUGUUUCUCGUACGAGAUUGCCCUUUAGAAGACAGUUUGUUUUCCAGAAACCAUUUUUUAUACUCGUGGUAAUGACAUCUGACAUCAAAAGUAUUGCUUUUUAAGUCGUUAAGCUGUGGUGCAACAAUUUAUUUUAUUCUCUAUGGUAUUUUAUAAACGAAACUUAAGGUAGUGAAAGUUACCUCAUUGAUAAUCAAAAUUAGACAAUAUUUACCUUAAGUUCUUUAUAAUAUUAACGAUCUUUAAAACACGUAGUUACAAGUUUAUGUGGUAAAUUUGUCACAGAAAAAUGUAGGUAGUUGUGAAUCACUGCAUUACUUACAUAUUUCACUCUAAAAUAUUUUGUUUAUUCAACUACAUUAAUUAUUUUUGUACUCUGGACAAAACUGCAAUUGUGUAAAAUAGAAAGUGUGUUAGAGAUAUUAUACAAUUUAUUAUAGAUUAAAUUUGGGGUUGUUAAUAUGAAUCGGUUUACUAACUCUUUAUGCUUCGAUGUGUUUGCAUGGCUGAGGGUCAGUGCUUUCUGUUCCAACAAUGUUCAGUGUGCGUGCUCAGCUGUGAGAAGGUCUCUUGAAGCAGUUGCUGUGUGAUAGGCUUGCCAGGUGUUUGUAUUGUUGCUCUACAGCCACCAGAAAACCUCCAGGGAUAUUACCAUGACUAAUUUGAAGGCUGUCCUAUUUGAAGUGUAUCUUUACAUGUCCCUGGGAAAUUCAUGAAAGUUUCGCAAAAUCAAUUUUUUUAAAUAUUUAUAUACUUUUAUGGAUUUUUGCAGGGCAUCAAAUUAUGUUUCUCAAGCUACCUUACACUGUAGCAUUUUUUUUGUUGCAAAUCUACAAACAUAAAGUUUGUAAUUUCACACGGAAGACUGAAAAUAUCAAUGGAACUGGCUGUUGACAUAUUUCAAAAAUUUAUUUGACAAGCAAUACAACGCAAUACAAAAUCUGUAGUGUUACGGCUGGAAUGUUUAUUUCAUCCUCUUCAGAAUUGAAGACUUCACCUUACACUUUUCUAACGGAUACAAACCUCAUACGAGUGUUUGAAAACUUUAGUUUGAACAGGUGGAGAGCAAAUGCAAUCAAAUUGUUUACCUGAAGUGAUUUCUUAAAUUGAGCUCAUGUGUGUGUAAAAAAUACUAUUUAAAAAAGGAUUUUUUUUUUGUAACUAUAGGUACAUACAAAAUGUGAAAAUGUUGACCACGUAUUAUCCUGUUCACAAACCAAAAUCCGUUGGACAAAAACAGUAGCAAUAACAUUAACGACAUUAGCACAAGAGCAACAGUAUCACAACCCAAACAUCACUUGAAACAACAGACGCAAAACAAAAACCAUAGCUGCAACAACAGUAUCAACAACAGUAACAAUAGCAAAAACAACCAAAAACAAAACUAGCGACAACAUAAGUAGCAAUAAAAGUAGUACAAACACCAUUAGCAACAACUGGUUUACUUUGAGAACAAACAAUGGAAACUGAGUAAAUACUCUCUCAUAGAAAUAACUAAAGUACAAAUUUAAAAUACUUCAUUUGACAAUGUAGCUACAUCUAGGUGAUGUUUUCCUUAAACUACAGGGUUUAGUGUGAAUGUUUCUCUCAGAUGUGUAAUAGCUGCCAACUCCUGGUAGCUAGUUAAGGCAACUCAGAUAUUUCCUGGUGUGUUCAUUUUUCCUUCUUCACUUCACAGUUACCAAUAUGUAAGAGGGUCGACAAUUGACACUUGUCAACUCUUCACAAGUGCAUUCCCCUUGCACACUGCACACGGCACAUUUCACACUGCUCAUUGCAUAUCAUUCUAAUGUGUUUCUUGUGCAGUUGGUCAACAAGAAUAUCUUAUGUUUAUUUCGGCCUCAUCAACUAGAAGAACCAGGAAUGCAUGCAAAUGUCGUAUCUUUGCUGUCUAGGCAGGGGAUGUGAGUUUGCACUGGAUGCCUGUUUCAGACGGAUUGUACUUUAUAAAUUUUUUAUGCCAUUAGGGCAUUUUCCUAGAUGCUAUCCCAUUAUGUGUAUCCUAGGAGUUUAUAACAUUUCAGACGACCACUGAGUGCACAUCUGUGGAUGCUUUUAUACCGGUACCUAGUUGUGUGUGUCAACAUAAUUUAGAUUCCUGUUAACUGUUGAAAUGGUUGUUAAUUGAAAAGGUGUCAGAUUAUUCAAUAAGUGUGUGUAACUAUCCUAUCGAUGUAUAUUUAUUAUCUGGGUCAGCAAACAAACAUGGCUUGUUACAAAAUACAUAAGCCAUAUUUGUAUGCUUGGGGGUGUUUUUGUUGUAUAAGAUGUACAUUGACUUUUUUUACUAUAUGCAUUGUAAUAUUUAUGUAUUUUGUUAUGAAUAAAAGAAUUUUUA